AUGUCUCAAAGAUCACCUUCAGAUGCUGAUGUUGGUGUCCCGAGCUCCAGGGACGAAUUCAACUUUCAACAUGUGCCGGCCCAAGCAUUGGACGCUGUGAGAAUGCGCUUUGCACAACUUACACAUUCUUUGGCGAAACUAAAGGACGAGAUGUCCAGAGCCGACCUGCCGCAAUGGUACUCCUUGCAAGCUCAAGUGAGUGUCAUUCUAACUCAGCUGCAAUCUGUGACGACCACAAUUCACCACUUUGAAGAACUGCUGGAUUCAACAGUGGUAUACCCUUUGGCAAACUUCCCCACAACUGCGCACGAAGGUCUGUUGACCACCUUACUGCGAAAGAAAAAUAUUCCAGAGACUGAUGCCUGGAUUAAUGAUGCCAAGGAAACAGUCGGUAUAGACCUCAACACAACGUCCCCAGAGGAUGUUAAUAAAUUGUUAAAAAGUGAUGAGCAGGUUACAAAAUGGGCCCUUGGUUUCUUGAAAGAAGAGCACAGCAAUUAUGCAUUUCAAGGCCUUCACACAGCCCAAGAGCUGUCCAACAGUCCCCAACUCGCCAACUACGAUGAAUACAGGCCUUCGACGGGUAAGAAUGUACCAAAGAAACCAUUUGACGUUGAUACUGUUUUAAAAGUCGUUCACCAGGGUCCGGCUUAA